AGUCGGGAGGCCUCGGGGUUCCAGAGAGGAGCGGGAGGGCGGCCGCUGGCCACUGGCUGGCGGGCGUGUCGCUUUCUCACGCGGCGUGCCGCGCUGCGGAGCGCCCGGCUCGGGACCGGAGGGCGCACUGUGGCCGGUGGCGCACGCCGCGCUCCUCUUCAGCUUACUGCGCCUGGAGUCGGCGGGCACAGCUCCGCUGGGCCACCCCAGUCCAGGGUCGCCGAGCGGCCCCCUCCGGCCGGGAGACGCCCCCUGUCCCCCCGCCCCCGCGGGCCAGACUCCACCAUCGCGAACCGCAGGAGGCGGAGGAGGCGGCGCAGCCGGGACUGCCUCCUCCCCGCCCCUCGCGUCUCCUCCCCGCGCUACCGAGAAGGACAAGGGGACUAGGCACCGGGACCCCGUCCAGUGAGCACCGGUGCCCCGGGCCCGCCCCUCCCGCGUGCCCUCUCGCCGAGAGCUCGGGCGGGUCUCGCCCCGCAUGGUGCUGGCGGCAGCCAUGAGUCAGGACGCGGAUCCCAGCGGUCCCGAGCAACCCGACAGAGAUGCCUGCGUUGUGCCCGGAGCCCAGGCGCCCCCGGCGCCCCAGGGCCCGCGAGGGAUGCAGCAGCCGCCGCCACCUCAAGCCGGCCUACCCCAGAUCAUCCAAAACGCUGCCAAGCUUCUGGACAAGAAUCCCUUCUCAGUCAGUAACCCGAACCCUCUGCUCCCUUCGCCUGCCAGCCUCCAGCUGGCCCAACUGCAAGCCCAGCUCACCCUCCACCGGCUGAAGUUGGCACAGACGGCUGUCACCAACAACACUGCAGCUGCCACAGUCUUGAACCAGGUCCUCUCCAAAGUGGCCAUGUCCCAGCCUCUCUUCAACCAGUUGAGGCACCCGUCUGUGCUCAGUGCCCCCCAUGGCCACACUGGGGUACCCCAACAUGCUACAACUAUACCCAGUGCCCGCUUUCCCUCCAGUGCAAUUGCUUUUUCACCCCCCAGCCAGACACGAGGCCCCGGACCCUCUGUGAGCCUCCCCAGCCAGCCUCCCACUGCCAUGGUAGUGCAUCCUUUCAGUGGGGUGAUGCCUCAGACCCCUGCCCAGCCAGCAGUCAUUCUGGGCAUUGGCAAGGCCGGGCCCACUCCAGCUACUGCGGGAUUCUAUGACUAUGGCAAAACCAACACUAGCCAGGCCUAUGGCUCUGAAACAGAUGGUCAGCCUGGUUUUCUGCCUGCCUCAGUCUCUGCCUCCAGUAGUGUGACCUACGAAGGGCCCUACAGUCACACAGGGCAAGAUGGCCAAGCAACCUUUUCCAAGGACUUCUACGGACCCAAUGCCCAAGGGUCACACGUGGCAGGAGGAUUUCCAGCCGAGCAGGUGGGAGGCAUGAAAGGUGAGGUAGGGGCGCUGCUGCAAGGUGCAAACAGUCAGUGGGAGAGUGCCCCUGGAGUCUCUGGGCAAAGCAAGCCUGAUCUUACAGCAGGUCCCAACCUGUGGCCUCCGCCCCCUAGCCAGUCCUAUGAUCUGUAUGACCCCGAGGAGCCUACCUCUGACAGGACCCCUUCUUCCUUCGGGGGUCGGCUUAACAACAGCAAGCAUGCUUUCAGCAGUGCCAGGCGGCGGGCCAGGGAGGAGCAGGUGAUGCUGUCUGUGAGGCCUCUGCAGGCUCAUGAGCUGAAUGACUUUCAUGGCGUGGUCCCACUCCACCUGCCACAUGUCUGUAGCAUGUGUGACAAGAAGGUGUUUGACUUGAAGGACUGGGAGCUGCAUGUGAAAGGGAAGCUGCAUGCUCAGAAAUGCCUGCUCUUCUCUGAAAAUGCUGGCAUCCGGUGUGUACUUGCAUCAGCAGAGGGGACACUCUGCACCUCCCCCAACAGCACAACAGUUUAUAAUCCCACCGGGAAUGAAGGUGAGUGGGGGAACCCCUCAGGUGAGCGGCUAGCAGCAGAGAUCAGCAGCCCACAGGCCCCCUUGUGUCCUGUCUUUAAAAGCCAAGACUUCUCUGAUGUGCCCUCCCUGUACAUUUCUGAGGCAGGCAGAUCCCAAGACACCACAUGCGUUGGGCCUGUUGACUGCAUCCGUCAGUAUUCUCUGAGACGCUGUAGGCAUGGCAACGUGCCCAGAGAUUAUGCCUCAAAUCUUGGAACAUCAUAUGCAACCAUUCCAGCCAGGUCCUUUGCUCAGUCAAAUCCCACAUUUCCUUCGGCUUCCUCGGGAACAAAUUUUGCACAGCGGAAAGGUGCAGGCCGGGUUGUGCACAUCUGCAAUCUCCCUGAAGGAAGCUGCACUGAGAAUGAUGUCAUUAACCUGGGGAUGCCCUUUGGAAAGGUCACUAAUUACAUCCUCAUGAAGUCGACUAAUCAGGCCUUUUUAGAGAUGGCUUAUACAGAAGCUGCCCAGGCCAUGGUCCAGUACUAUCAAGAAAAAUCUGCUGUGAUCAAUGGUGAGAAGUUGCUCAUUCGGAUGUCCAAGAGAUACAAGGAAUUGCAGCUGAAGAAACCCGGGAAAACUGUGGCUGCUAUCAUCCAAGACAUCCAUUCUCAGAGGGAGAGAGACAUGUUCCGGGAAGCAGACAGAUAUGGCCCAGAGCGGCCUCGUUCUCGCAGCCCGGUGAGCAGGUCGCUAUCCCCGAGGUCCCACACUCCAAGCUUCACCUCCUGCAGCUCUUCCCACAGUCCUCCAAUCCCUUCUCGGGCUGACUGGGGCAAUGGCCGGGACUCGUGGGAGCACUCCCCAUAUGUCCGGAGGGAGGAUGAGCGAGACCCUAUCCCCUGGAGGGAGAACGGGGAGGACAAGAGGGACAGGACAGACACAUGGGCGCACGAUCGCAAACACUACCCAAGGCAGCUGGACAAAGCCGAGCUGGAUGAACGACUUGAAGGAGGGAGGGGCCACCGGGAAAAGUACCUGAGGUCUGGGUCCCCCAACCCACUCCACAAUGUGUCCAGCUACAAAAGCCGGGAAGAUGGCUACUACCGCAAGGAGCCCAAAGCCAAGGCAGACAAAUACCUAAAGCAGCAGCAGGACACUCCCGGGAGGUCUAGGAGGAAAGAAGAGGCCAGGCUGCGGGAAGGCAGACACCCUCACCCUGAUGACUCAGGCAAGGAAGAUGGGCUGCAGCCAAAAGUCACUAGGGCCCCUGAGGGUACCAAAUCCAAGCAGAGUGAGAAAAAUAAAACCAAGAGACCUGAUAGAGACCAAGAAGGAGCCAAUGACGGAAAAGAAAGCAAAAUGGCAGAGAAUGAGGCUGGAAAAGAGGGACAGGAGGGCAUGGAAGGAAGUCCCCAACCAGUGGGCAGACAGGAGAAAGAGACAGAGUCCUCGGAUGCAGAAAACAGAAGGACAGAGAAGGAACAAGACUGGGAAAGUGGAAGUGAGGCAGAGGGGGAGAGUUGGUACCCCACGAACAUGGAGGAACUGGUCACAGUAGAUGAAGUGGGAGAGGAAGAAGAUUUUAUCAUGGAACCAGACAUCCCAGAGCUGGAAGAAAUUAUGCCCAUUGACCACCAGAAAGAUAAAAUCUUCCCUGAAAUGUGUCCCUGUAUGACAACCACCUUAGACCUGGACUUGUCCAAGGAUUUCAAGGAGGGAGAGACCAUAGGGAAUGGGGCUGAGGAAAUUAGCCUCAAGCUGCCCAGACAACUGCCUUCUGCUUCCACGCGCUGUCCCAGUGACACAGACCUGGAGAUGCCUGGCCUAAAUCUGGAUGCUGAGCAGAAGCCAGCUGAAUGCGAGACAGGCCUCUUACUGGAGGACUCAGAUUGCUACGAGAAGGAGGCAAAGGGAGCCGAGAGCUCAGAUGUGCUUCUGGCCCCCACAGCCCAGCAAAUGUCUUCCCCCCAGCCAGCAGAAGAGAGGGCACGGCAGCCUAGCCCCUUUCUCGAUGACGGCAAGGCCAGGGGGUCCCCCGAAGAUGGGGCUUGUGAAGGCAGCCCCCUAGAGAAGAAAGCUGGCCCCCCCACUGAAAGCAACCUCCAAAGCCAGGCCUGCCAAGGCGCGUUGACUGAGGAAAACUCCAGGUACACGGAAAUGAAAUCUCUGGGUGUGAGUUCACCAGAAUUCACUGAAGUGGAGUUGAAAGAGCCCCUUUCUUUGCCUUCCUGGGAACCAGAGGAUGUGUUCAGUGAACUUAGCAUUCCUCUAGGUGUGGAGUUCAUAGUUCCCAGGACUGGGUUUUACUGCAAGCUGUGUGGGCUGUUCUACACAAGCGAGGAGGCGGCGAAGGUGAGCCACUGUCGCAGUGCCGUCCACUACAGGAACUUACAGAAGUACUUGUCCCAGCUGGCUGAGGAGGGCCUGAAGGAGACGGAGGGGGCAGGCAGCCCGAGGCCCGAGGACAGUGGAAUUGUGCCGCACUUUGAAAAGAGAAAGCUCUGAUGCUGAUGCUGCUGUCGCUGCUGUCACUGCUGUUGUUGGAAGGUGGAGAGGCCUGCCGAAGUGGGGCCUGCCUGGCCUCCAGACAGGACUAAAGCCAGGCAGGACUCGUUCCUUGGGUUUGUUCCCAGAGACUCAUUAAAACACCCUGAAGUGUCUCCAGGAGCCAAGUUGCCCUGGCAUGUCCAGCCCGCUGAGGGUCCCCAAUUCCUGUGGACUCUUGUUUCUCUCCUACAAUUUUUCAAUUUGCUUUUCUCUUUUCUUCUUGCUCCUUCUCCCCUCUUGCCUUCUGUGCCAAUAAUCAUCUCCUUUUCAUAAAAUUCAACUUCUCAGGGAUUUUCACAGUGUUUAAAUUCUUGAUAGGAUAUAGCAGGUGGAAUGGAAACUUCCGGAUCUGGAGAGUCACUUUGUGAACCUGCAGCAGCUUCUCAGCCUGGCAUCUAAGUGGCCUGUUUGAGCCAUGCGGGGGAGAGCUGAGUCCAGUCCUGAGAGGGCCGCCAAAGAGCAUCAACUGGGAGAAGCAGGGAGUGAUGUCAGUUACAGCUUCUUCCUCCAGCUGAAUCCUCCCACCUUUUUUUGGGGAGUGGGGGGUGCUGGGGAUUGAACUAAGAGCCCUGCACAUCUUAAAUAGGCUCUCUACCAUUGAUCUACACCCCCAGCCAAAAGCCCCUGUUUUAUAACCCUUUCAUCCUCUCAAUUAUUCUAGAAAUCCAGCAGGUUUAUGCUUUAAAGUAAAAUCAGUUUUGUGGAGGAAAAGGAGCUCUUUAUUGUGAAAGCUCUGAUAAAGUCCUUCCAAACUUUCUUCCUUCCUCUUUAUUUCAGGAGGUGUCAGAAUUUGUUCUAUUUGGGACAAUGAAUUUUGUAUCGAUUCACUUUAACUAAAAUUAUGAACAGCAGUGUCUUUUCCCUCCAACUAAAACAGCAGUUGGUGUGGGCCAAGGAUAAAUGUAGGCCUGUCUGCAAUGCAUGUCAUUGGCCUGAGAGACUCAGUAACAAGGAACUACAUCUGACCUUGACUCACCCUAGUGCCACUGCUAAGGGUGGCACUUGGACCCUAACUGACCUUACAGUGGGAUGGUUUCAAAAUCAUCCCUCAGUCAGGGAGAAGCCAAGAGAAGGCUAUAGAGCAGAAGAGCAGCAUUUGAGGUCUUCCAGGUAUUUGCAGGAAAGUGCCUUUCCAACUGUACACAGGAUGGAGGCUGCUCAGGGCUGACCACAUGUGUAGACUUUGCUGUUGAAAUAUAAAGAAGAGAGCCCUUAUUCCCAGUGAGGUCAGUGUCUUCAGACCCCACACAUAGGCUGAUAAUCCAUUAAAAGGGUUUGGGGGACAAAGAUGCUGAAAGAAAUGAGGCUUUGCCAAAGCCAUCAAGUGGGUUCCAGAAAGUCAGAAAGGAGCCUAGUGAAGUUUUCAUGAGCUGAGGUACUCCCGCGAAAGCGGCCUCAGUGGCUUCACCUGCAAAAUAAAACAAGGGAGGUGGACAGCUCUCUCCUGAGAGAGCUGCCUGUUUCUGUUCCUGAACGAUUCAAAUUGAAGAUGGUGAUAGAUGGAGAGAAACCCUAUGAAUCACAGACUUAAUUGCUGGAGUUGGGCUGGGGCAGUAGCUCAGAGGGAGAGUACUUUCCUAGCAUGUGAGGCCCCAGGUUUGAUUCCCAGCAAAAACAAAACUUAAUUCCUAGAGUUGAACCUUGUACAGGUGGGCAGGUAGACUGGGCAGGAAACGUCUGGUUUGUUUGUGUGUUUCUCCAUAUACUGCACUUUCUGUCCUCUGUACUUAUGAAAGAAGAGUGACAAGAUUAUGUAGCUCAACGCUGACAUUUCAUUAGUGAGGAAACUGCGACAGAGAAAGGAAACAAAUGUAGAACUAAAACAACCAUGUGUUAAGUUUGAGGCGUUUGUUCCCUGGCAAGGAGAGAACUGUGAGGAACCUACAAGAUGGAAGAGUUAAGGCAAGUUCUGGAGGUAGACAGGCUGGUUUGGACAGGUGUGGUAAGAAGUUGGAAGAAGCAGGAGACCUGAGCAUCAGGGUAUAUGGGGUUUUCGAGAAGGUUGUAUCUCAGAGAGAAGAUGCUAAAGACUGUGGCUCAGCCCAGACUGUUCCCACAGAGUUGAAUUCGCCUUAUAGUCUCCAGUUAAGUCUCCUUUCUAUUGGCCCAGAAAACCUUUGACCCCAAGUAUCUUUAUUUCUGCUGGAGGGAAUUCUGAGACCAGCAGUUUGGCCUCCUCACUGAAUCUUACAGGGGAAGUCCUGCCCCCUCCACAAGAGACUGGAAUUGUACAUUGUCAGAGAAGCUGGAAGCUUUAAUCCCCAGCAAAGUGGGAGCAGACCUCACCAGCUCCUCCCACCCCACCCCAGAUAGAAACCCAGAUGGCCCAGUUCCCAAGCAAAGUAAUGGCUCCCUUACUGACCUUUAUAUUGGAAAGCCACAGAGAGCCCCCAGGGAGGGAGAGAGAAAAGGCUGCAUUUAGUCAGAACCUUCAGUUUAAAAUCACCUGAGAUUCUAUACUUGUGUAUAUGUAUAUAUAUUUUAUUUUUAUUUAUUUUUAUACAAUUCCAUUGGCAUGGCCCUUCACCAACCCUGUAAUUUGCACUUUUUAUUCCUACAUGUGUCACAUACAAUUCAGUUUUAAAGGCAACCAAGAAAAUACUUAGAUUUAUUUUUUAAAGCUUUUCUUCAGUGUUUUGUCAACCAUUUCAAAGUGUCUCCCCAAAAAGGUUGUUCAAGAGCAGUUGCUACCUUAUGUAGCACAUUUAUCUGUAUGCUGAGUCCCUGAGUUAAUAUGCAGAAGGCCCAAGUAAUUUUCUUUUCAUUGUUAACACCUGGAAUAAAUUGUAUCCAGGCAGUACUCCCAAAGAAUUUGGUGAACUUGUUGGUGUGAGCAGCAGCUAUUGGUAUCAGGGUUUCCUAUUCUUGGACAGUGCGAGGCAGUGAUCUGUUAGAUUAUACUUGAACUGGACCAGAGUUUGUUUUGUGAGUUUGUGAAAAAACCAAAAAGCUCUCGUUAAGUUUGAACUUGUAAAGUAUUGGAAUUUGUUGAGUGUCUUAUAGAUUGUCACCUCUCUUCCUGAUCUGUAUAACUGACCGAAAAGUGUUUGUUUUUACAAAAGGGAAAAAAAAAAAUUUUUAAUAAAGAGAAUUUGAAAGCUUGUGAGUGUGUCCGGAUGGGGUUCUUUGACAUUUUGCCAGGAGCAGCUCGCAGAGCCCAAAGACUGGGAUUCUGUUCAUCUCUGACUUAUUUUCAAGUGUUGAACAGAGGUAACAAAACAGCUUCCACUGAGGGCUCUGGCUGGGAAGCUAGAGGGAAUCAGAGAUUGUCAGAGGUGAGGUCUGGGAUGAAACUGAAGAAGUGCAAGCCAUUGACCCUUUUGGGGGCUCGGGCUUCUUACAAUCCCUGGCUUUGCUCCCCAGAGCUCCCUAGUCUUCUGGUGACUGAACCCAGUUGUCCUGCACCAGAAUUGGGCUAUCUUUGGU